AGUAGUAUAUAUAAGUUGAUUCCUAUGUCUGGCAUGAAGCUAUAAAUAAUAUGGUAAAUGAAUGAAGCACGCCUGAGUGACUGUGAGAGUCGGAACUGAGCUAAAAUCUGUAUAAAAGGAUUCCUAUUAAAGCGAAAAAGGGUUUCCAUUUUCAUUCAGCUAACACCAAAUCUUCCAUUUUCUCAAACCUUAAAUAGAAAACGGAAGUUGUUCAUUCUCGCACGGCACUUUUAUGGUUACCAGCAUCAUUCACACAGAGAGGGAAGCAUAGUUAAAAGGGAAAAAUAACAGAAUAUUAAAGAGAGCAGAAGAGAGAGAUUCAUUUCUCUCUCUGUCUCUCUCUCCCUAAGACAUUGUUGUACUUAUUUCAUAGCUGUUCUAUCUUAAUCAUUAUCUUCACCGUCACUGUCGUUGUCGUUCUCUGUAUUCGCGAGGUGUUCUAUUUAUCUUCUCACCCAGGUGCGAUAUUCUUCAAAGGUUGUAGCUUUUCGAAGAGCUUGAUCAUCACAAGCGAUUUCUGAGACCAACCCAGAAUCUGCCACCAGAUGGUGAAAUGCCCUUUCUUCAAUCACUCACGUUUCGAUGACAUCAUCACAAGUUUAGAAACUUCUCAAUUACCACCGACUCUCUUUUCUGAAUCCACGUUUUGCUUCACACAACAACAAUGGCCGUCGAUGAAAUUGGAAUCUCGUCUCCAACGUUGUUUUCUUAUUCUUCUUCUUCUUCUUCGGGAUCGUUUGAGAGUCUUUGGAGUGCGAUCCUUGGAUUGCCUUGGGUGGAAGUGGUGGCAAUCUGUGCCAACUUGACACUGUUUUUUGUGUUUGUGUUCGUUCUUUUGGUGAGGAGGGUGGUUGUGUGUUUAGGGGGUGGAGUUAGAUUUGGUAAGGACAAUGGAACUGGCAAUGCCAGCCGCAGCCGUGAUAGUGUUGAUUUGGAAACACGUGACGUUCGGAUUGGAACGUGGUUCAAGUUGUCGGUGUUGUCUUGUUUCUAUGUUUUGUUGGUGCAAGUUUUUGUGUUGGGGUUUGAUGGGUAUGCCUUGAUUAGAGAAAGGGAUGGGGAUUUGGGUUUGGCUCUUCUUUCUGUGCCUCUAGUGCAGGGUUUAGCUUGGGUUGCUUUGAGCUUCUCGGCUCUGCGGUGCAAGUUCAAGGCGCGUGAGAGGUUUCCAAUUUUGGUCAGAGUUUGGUGGUUUGUGUUGUUUGUUGUUUGUUUGUGUGGUUUGUAUGUUGAUGGGAGAGGGGUUUGGAUGGAAGGUUCCCAGCACCUGCGUUCUCAUGUUGUGGCGAAUUUUGCUGUCACUCCUGCUCUAGGGUUUUUGUGUAUUGUUGCAAUUAGGGGUGUUACUGGUAUAAAGGUAUGUAGGACUUCUGAUGAGCAACAACCAUUGCUUGUUGAGGAAGAACCGGGGUGUCUUAAGGUUACUCCCUAUAAUGAUGCUGGACUUUUUAGCUUGGCCACUUUGUCUUGGUUGAAUCCCCUUCUCUCCAUUGGGGCAAAAAGGCCUCUUGAGCUUAAGGACAUUCCCCUUGUUGCACCUAAUGACCGAUCCAAAACAAACUAUAAGCUUUUGAAUUCUAAUUGGGAGAAAUUGAAGGCAGAAAGCACAUCCGAACAGCCUUCCUUAGCUUGGGCGCUUCUCAAGUCAUUUUGGAAGGAGGCGGCUUGUAAUGCCAUAUUUGCUGGUGUAACCACUCUUGUUUCGUACGUUGGUCCAUACAUGAUAAGUUAUUUUGUUGAUUUCUUAGUUGGCAAAGAGAUUUUCCCACACGAGGGGUAUGUUCUUGCAGGGAUAUUCUUUGCGGCUAAGCUUGUGGAGACCAUGACUACUAGGCAGUGGUAUCUGGGGGUGGACAUCAUGGGUAUGCAUGUUAGGUCGGCUCUAACUGCAAUGGUAUAUCGAAAGGGUUUAAGGAUAUCAAGCUUGGCCAAGCAAAGUCACACAAGUGGGGAAAUUGUUAACUACAUGGCUAUUGAUGUCCAGAGGGUUGGGGACUACUCUUGGUAUCUCCAUGACAUGUGGAUGCUUCCUCUCCAGAUUGUUCUUGCCCUGGCAAUUUUGUAUAAGAAUGUUGGAAUUGCCUCUAUUGCGACGCUGAUUGCUACAAUAAUUUCCAUUGUCGUCACUGUUCCUGUGGCCAGGAUCCAAGAAGAUUAUCAAGACAGAUUAAUGGCUGCUAAGGAUGAAAGGAUGAGAAAAACAUCCGAGUGCCUGAGGAAUAUGAGGAUUCUCAAACUUCAAGCUUGGGAAGACAGAUAUAGAGUCAAACUGGAGGAUAUGCGUGGAGUAGAAUUCAAGUGGCUUCGGAAAGCCCUCUAUUCUCAGGCUUUCAUAACUUUUAUAUUCUGGAGCUCUCCGAUUUUUGUUUCAGCAGUUACUUUUGCUACUUCCAUAUUGUUGGGUGGUCAGCUGACAGCUGGAGGUGUACUUUCUGCUCUGGCUACUUUCAGGAUCCUGCAAGAACCUUUGAGGAAUUUUCCAGACUUGGUGUCAACAAUGGCUCAAACAAAAGUUUCUCUUGAUCGGUUAUCUGGCUUCCUUCUGGAGGAAGAAUUGCAGGAAGAUGCAACUAUUGCCUUGCCACAAGGCAUCACUAACAUUGCUAUAGAAAUUAAGGAUGGUGUCUUCUGUUGGGACCUUUCAUCUUCUAGACCUACUCUAUCAGGGAUAAGUAUGAAAGUUGAAAAAGGGAUGCGUGUGGCUGUUUGUGGCAUGGUUGGUGCUGGGAAAUCAAGCUUUCUGUCUUGCAUCCUUGGAGAAAUUCCUAAGACUUCUGGGGAAGUCAGAGUGUGUGGAUCUUCUGCAUAUGUCUCCCAAUCAGCAUGGAUACAAUCAGGAACUAUAGAAGAAAAUAUCCUCUUUGGAAGCCCAAUGGACAAAGCAAAGUACAAGAAUGUUCUUCAAGCUUGUUCACUGAAAAAGGACCUAGAACUUUUCUCACACGGUGAUCAGACAAUUAUCGGUGAUAGAGGUAUAAAUCUGAGUGGUGGCCAGAAGCAGCGGGUUCAGCUUGCACGAGCACUCUACCAGGAUGCUGAUAUUUAUCUUCUUGAUGAUCCCUUCAGUGCAGUUGACGCUCACACUGGAUCUGACUUGUUCAGGGAUUAUAUAUUGACAGCACUAGCAGAUAAAACAGUCAUUUAUGUGACCCAUCAAGUUGAAUUUCUUCCCGCUGCUGAUUUGAUACUGGUGCUUAAAGAAGGCAGCAUCAUACAGGCAGGAAAGUAUGACGAACUUUUACAAGCAGGAACAGAUUUUAAUACUCUGGUUUCAGCCCAUCAUGAAGCCAUAGAGGCUAUGGAUAUCCCUGCUCACUCCUCUGAAGAUUCAGAUGAAAAUUUAUCUCUGGAGGCAUCUGUUAUGACCAGUAAGAAAUCCAUAUGUUCUGCAAAUGAUAUAGACAAUUUGGCCAAGGAAGUACAAGAAGGAGCGUCUACUUCAGAUCAAAAAGCAAUUAAGGAGAAGAAGAAAGCAAAGAGAUCGAGAAAGAAACAGCUUGUUCAGGAAGAAGAGAGGAUUAGAGGUAGAGUCAGCAUGAAGGUCUACUUGUCAUACAUGGCAGCCGCAUAUAAAGGCUUGUUAAUUCCUCUCAUAAUCAUUGCACAAGCAUUGUUUCAGUUCCUUCAGAUUGCUAGCAAUUGGUGGAUGGCUUGGGCUAACCCUCAAACAGAAGGAGACCUGCCCAAAGUAACUCCCUCAGUUCUUCUUCUUGUAUACAUGGCCCUUGCUUUUGGCAGCUCAUGGUUUAUAUUUGUAAGGGCUGUUCUGGUGGCUACAUUUGGCCUUGCAGCUGCACAGAAGCUAUUUUUGAAAAUGCUUAGAAGUGUUUUCCAUGCACCAAUGUCUUUCUUUGACUCUACACCAGCUGGAAGGAUCUUGAAUAGGGUAUCAAUUGAUCAAAGUGUUGUGGAUCUUGACAUUCCUUUUAGACUUGGCGGGUUUGCUUCAACAACAAUACAACUUAUUGGUAUUGUUGGGGUAAUGACAGAAGUUACAUGGCAAGUUUUACUGUUAGUUGUCCCAAUGGCUGUUGCUUGUUUGUGGAUGCAGAAAUACUACAUGGCAUCCUCCAGGGAAUUGGUUCGUAUUGUUAGCAUCCAGAAGUCUCCAAUUAUACAUCUUUUUGGUGAGUCAAUUGCUGGAGCAUCCACCAUCAGAGGUUUUGGACAAGAAAAAAGGUUCAUGAAGCGGAACCUCUAUCUUCUUGAUUGUUUUGCACGACCAUUCUUCUGUAGUCUUUCUGCAAUUGAGUGGCUUUGCCUGCGGAUGGAGUUAUUGUCAACCUUUGUAUUUGCUUUCUGCAUGGUAUUGCUUGUGAGUUUUCCUCGAGGAAGUAUAGACCCCAGCAUGGCUGGACUUGCUGUGACAUAUGGCCUAAAUUUAAAUGCACGCUUAUCACGGUGGAUACUCAGCUUUUGCAAACUUGAAAAUAAAAUUAUAUCCAUUGAGAGAAUAUAUCAGUACAGCCAAAUUCCUAGCGAAGCACCCACUAUAAUUGAAGAUUCUCGCCCUCCAUCCUCAUGGCCUGAAAAUGGGACAAUCGAAAUAAUUGAUUUGAAGGUCCGUUACAAGGAGAACCUUCCUUUGGUGCUUCAUGGAGUAACAUGCACAUUUCCUGGUGGAAAGAAGAUCGGAAUAGUUGGACGAACUGGCAGUGGAAAAUCUACUUUAAUUCAGGCACUAUUUCGAUUGAUUGAACCAACAAGUGGAAGUAUCCUUAUUGACAACAUCAAUAUUUCAGAUAUUGGCCUUCAUGAUCUUCGAGGCCAUCUCAGUAUCAUCCCACAAGAUCCAACUUUAUUCGAAGGUACUAUCAGAGGCAAUCUUGAUCCUCUUGAGGAGCACUCAGAUAAAGAGAUUUGGGAGGCACUUGACAAGUCUCAGCUUGGAGAGGUUAUCCGUGACAAAGGACAACAGCUCGAUACACCAGUUCUAGAAAAUGGAGAUAAUUGGAGUGUAGGACAGCGACAACUUGUUGCUCUGGGCCGAGCACUGCUGCAGCAGUCAAGAAUACUUGUACUGGAUGAAGCAACGGCAUCAGUUGAUACCACCACAGAUAAUCUAAUUCAGAAGAUUAUCCGAAGUGAGUUCAAGGCCUGCACUGUGUGCACUAUUGCACAUCGUAUACCUACUGUCAUCGACAGUGAUCAAGUUCUUGUGCUAAGUGAUGGUCGAGUUGCAGAGUUUGACACUCCUACAAGACUAUUAGAGGACAAGUCUUCCAUGUUUCUGAAGUUGGUGACUGAGUAUUCAUCACGUUCGAGUGGAAUACCAGAAUUUUAGAUGAAAUGGAAUGUGUUAAUGGUUUCUUAAUGUGGUGUCUUAAGACAGUUGAAAAGCUGAAGCAGGAAGUGAUGCCACAUUGCAUGCCACUGUUGCAUUCGGGGCAUGCAUAGCCACGACGAGAUGGAAACAAACAAAAUAAAAAGGAGAGGUUUGUGCCUCAUCAAUCAAGCAUCCCACUGCCAGAAAUUUGUUUGAUUCUUCCCCUUAGAAUUGAGAAAUUCAUGCAUGGUUAGCAUGCUUUGUAACACACAAUAAGAGUAUCUGUGAUUACAGGAAAGCAACGAAGUAGUUUGUAGAAUGAGGCACUAGGAUCUUGCACUGAUAGAGAGAAGUGUAGAGUUUAAUCUAGUUUUGUGUAUUCCACAAUUUUCUUGUAGCCAAGUUUAGAAUUAAGCUCGUAUCCAUCUCCUCCCUAAAUGUUAUAGUAGUUGUCUUUUAUAAAAUGUUUCUUAAUUUUCUUUGUU